AAUGAUUAGUGAAUCUGUAAAGGGGACUGGGAUUUGUGGUACCUUGGAUUCUCUGUAUUUUUUGUUGCCCAAGCCAGCUAAUGUGUUAUUUCUUGGAAGCAUGCUCUGAGACAUCUGACUGUCACCAAGCAGUACACAGGAGACCUUGCAAGUUCUAGCUUAGAACUUAGUGCCAGUGAUUGCAGGAAAAUUCCCAUCUUUUCAGUAGCCAGGCUUUGGUAGUCCUUUUCGUAGGCUGCUAAGAGCAAGCCAGUGAUUAAGUAUUACAGAGCAAGAGAGAAAACUGGAAAUGUUCACUGGAAGCUCCUGAAAAGAAAACCCCAGACAAACAAAACAAACAAACAACAAUAAAACACAAAACAAAUAAAACUUUCUCCGAAAAGCUUAUGUAAGCACGCUAAGAGUUUUAUGCUCCCACCUUCAUGGAAAGGUAGUGAAUUUUUAUAAGCAUAGCAGCCAAAGCUGUGGGGUUUUCUGUCUUGCGCUCCCCUUUUUUGCUGUUGAAAUCCUUGUAGAAGAGAUUAUUUAGUGAGUUGAAGUGGAGGAACAGGCAUUUUCCUGUUUUGUCUGUCUUGCUUCUCCAAAAUGAAAUAAUACUCGAAAUUUCCCCUCCGUGUUGCAGAACUUUGCAAAACAGGUUUAGGAUGGGCAGGAAGAGUGCAGGUAAAACCAGUCUUCGUUUCUGAGGUCAUCCUUGAACUAUGCUCAGAACUUGUCCAAUUUUUACUACUUGUUUUACCUUCCAGGUCAGUGCCUGUUCAACAAGUAGUGCUUGUGUGCAGUGUUUCAUUUGCAAUGGAGGGUGCUUCUCAAGUAGAUACUUGUGCUGUUGUCAUCUUGUCUAAAAGAGAUAUCGAAAGAGACUUGCGUUUCUACUAGUUUUGUGUUUCUGUAGCUGUUGCUGUUGUUUUCUUUCCUUAAAUUGCAUCUGUGUCUCUCUGACACAUUAUUAGAGCUAUCUUUUAUGCAAUUUUGCUGGUUUAAGAACAAGUGUACUUUUCCUCCCACCUCUGCGCCUGCUUGAAUCCAGGGUAAUAAAAAGCAAUAAUCUCUUCAAUGACAUGUGAUAAUAAGAUGCUUAGGGCAGCAGUUCAGGUACCUUUCUUGUUCGUGUUCAGCUGCUGUAUUGUAUUUCCAGGAAGGGCAUUAUCAUUGAGAGAAGAGUGGCUGAGGUGAAAGUCAGGAGAUGUAAUUUUCUAUGUGGAAGGAUGGUAUUUGAUAGAAAUGAAUGAAGAGGUGGCAAUUAAAACUUCUGCAGUGUAAUGAAACAGAUGAGAUAAUUUUGGGGAAUGGACAAGGUAUAAAUAUCCUUUUGGAUUUGGUGGGAGUUCCUGAAGAGAUUUUAUCACUUCUUUAAACACAGAUUAGUGAAAAAAAGAAUGGGAGAAAUGUGAAAAUAAUUGUAUUGUGGCAAGGGAUUAGAAACAGCUGUGUUGCAGUCAGUCAUGAGCAAUGUAGAGAACACUUAUUUGGCCUGCUCACAGCACAUGCUUCUAGGGACUAUCAAACUAGCAUACCUCAGGGAUGCUAUGGCUUUUAACAAGUUCAAUGUUCUCCACUGGCAUAUAGUAGAUGAUCAGUCAUUCCCUUACCAGAGCAUUUAUUUUCCUGAAUUAAGUGAUAAGGGAGCGUAUUCCUCUAAUCUCAUCUAUACUCCUGCUGAUGUCCAUCUGGUGAUUGAGUAUGCCCGAUUAAGAGGCAUUAGAGUUAUCCCAGAGUUUGAUACCCCAGGACACACACAGUCUUGGGGAAAAGGUCAAAAAGACCUUCUCACUCCUUGUUACGAUGGAGAACAGCCAACUGGGUCCUUUGGACCUGUAAAUCCUAUUUUGAAUACAACUUAUGACUUCAUGACUAAAUUCUUCAAAGAGGUCAGCAAUGUGUUUCCAGAUGCAUACAUUCAUUUGGGAGGAGAUGAAGUGGACUUCAGUUGCUGGAAAUCUAACCCUGAAGUGAAAGAGUUCAUGAAGAAGCAAGGUUUUGGCUGUGACUAUGCUAAACUGGAAUCUUACUAUAUUCAGAACAUUUUGGACAUUGUUUCCUCCUAUAACAAAGGACAAAUCAUCUGGCAAGAAGUGUUUGAUCACAAAGCACAGCUGAAACCAGACACUGUAGUUCAAGUGUGGAUGGCAAACAACUAUGCUCAUGAACUGAGCCAUGUCACUGGAGCUGGGUUCUCCGCUGUCCUGGCUGCACCCUGGUACUUGGACUACAUCAGUUAUGGGCAAGACUGGAAGAAAUACUACAGUGUUGAACCACUUGACUUCCCUGGAUCUGAAGAACAGAAGAAACUUUUAAUAGGUGGAGAAGCCUGCCUGUGGGGGGAAUUUGUGGAUGCAACGAACCUGACACCAAGAUUAUGGCCUCGAGCAAGUGCUGUAGGGGAAAGACUCUGGAGCAGCGGGAAAGUGACCGACUUGCAAGAUGCCUAUAGAAGGCUAAUGAAUCAUCGCUGCCGCAUGCUCCGCCGUGGCAUAGCGGCCGAACCGGUGUUCGUUGGAUACUGCGCCCAUGAAGCGAGAGGGCCGUAACUGCUGCAAAGACUUCUCCUCAACAACCUCAAGUGCCUCUGGGGUAUGAAUAUGUAUUUGAAUCAAGAUUUAAAAUUUUCACUUUUAAAAUAAAAUUGUUUGAUAACCUU